UACGGAACUCACUUGGAAGCGAUCCGCUGUCGCGUACGCCAAAGAACAGUUCAGUAUGAACUGUUGGAAAUUCGCGAUCGACCGGACGUGCCGCGAAUAAAAGCGAUCAGACAGGUGAUGAAUCCAAUCACCCGCGAAUUCGUCCCAGUAGAAAAAGCACUCCAUUUCGGUUGGCUAGUUUGUGAUGAGGAUGGUGAUUUCUAUGUGGACGGUAAAACCGGGUAUCGACUUUCGAUAGACACCGCACUGGCAAGCGGUCUGAUUCAGCUUGCCGAGGACUCCUCUCUCGAGUCAAGUGAUGAAAACUUUUCGGAUUCAAGCAACCUAUUACUGAUCGAAAGAAUCACCUGUACCUGGUGCCCGGUACGUAUUACAAGUUAUCAAAAUACAAACAGUAAAGAUCAGUGCGCUUUGAAUGAGGCGUUGCAAAAUGGUUGGAUUCAACUGAAAACUGGGGAACCGGUUAUUUUGGAUCAUGCUGCUGAUCAGUGGAUUACAACUGAAGAAGCUGCCGGUCGUGGUAUAAUUCAGAUUGUACCAGUCGAUCCAAACGAGCGAUUCUAUGGACCCUUAGAGGAGACUUAUUCCUGUCGCGUAUUUCGUAUCACUUCAGUUAGGCCAGGAGGUGAGCCGAAUAUUUGGAUGGAUUCAACUGAAGCUGCUCGACGUGGAUUAUUUAACUGGAAAACGGGAGAUAUUGCUGCCGAAUGGGAAUCUACGGAGGAGAAGGAGAAGGAAGCAUCAACUGACGCACAAAAUUCGAGCAACACUAAUAAAAAGCUCUUGGUUACAAGAUGGUUAUCUUUGCUAGCCGCUCGUAAAGCACGUUGGAUACGCUUACGCAUCGUUUCCUAUCCGAGAGAAAUUCUCCGAUCAAAACCCAUCAGUCCCACAAUACACUCUACUCAUCGUGUUUUGUCAACUCAUAUCCACUUAGUCGCUCCAAGCUCAGUCCCCGUGACGUCCGCCUUGAUGCAACAGAGUCCAAAACUUUCCGGUUUUCUCAAAAGCCCUGCAUUUUCAUUCCCCACUUCAACUCCGCCCAUAAUUCACGAUCGGCUGUACUCCGGUCGCCCGUCUGUCGGGUUACCCACAAGCGGUCAACUUCCACCACGGUGGAACAAACCAUUGAGAAGUGCACCAAAUCCGGAGAAAUGGUCGCGACCCUCUUCUCUCAGAUCUACAGCUGGUUCGGUGGAACAUAAUACCCUACCCAGUCAAGCACCACAACGGGUAUACCGCAGUCACAGGCCGAACAACCGUCUGUUGAUCGAAUGGAGCCCGGACAAUAGUUCUGCGCCAGAAUCCAUUGGAAGUCAAUAG